GGAUUCCUAGAGAGGACUCGGAAGUGCUCUCGGCGGUGGGAUUGAUGGCUCGACCCCGUUGGACAGGGAACGCUUGGACUUGCUUACUUCCGGCGAGGAAGUGUUGCGAAGUGUAGGCUUCGGUUUUCUCUCCGUUUGUAGGAAGAAACCUAUCUUCCCAACCUGCUGCGAGAGCUUGGUCUUCCGGGAGAGCUCCCUGGGACUGGUGCCUUGAGGGAAGAGAAUGGGUUUUGUAUCCAGACGGGUAUCCCGUGUCUAACCUUGACCGGCCCGUUUUCCGUGUCUUUGGGGUCAGGGGCGAUUCAGAGGAAUACAGGUCCCAAUCUGUGCUUGUAACUCAGCUUCUCUUCGGAACCAAUGAAGUCUCCUGUUGGUCCGUCAUGCUCUUGUGGCAUGAAGGACAGGACCAGUUUUGACCAUUGUAAUAUUUUUGACCCGUGUUGUAAGUUUGGCUUGUAGUCAAAAGGAAAGACUGCGUCUGGACUACUUAGUAUAGGUUGCACGCUAAUGAAACUGCCCUUCAGAAGAUUUUAAAGAGCAGAAACCAGAUUUGAUCUGUGUGAUACAGCUAACCUGGAGAGACAUCCCUCUGAGUUGGAAUGAUAAUGACAGAGUCUGGGGAAGUUAUAGACUUAGACCCUCCCGCUGAGACUUCACAGGAGCAAGAAGACCUUCUAAUAGUGAAGGUGGAAGAAGAAGACUGUACCUGGAUGCAAGAGUACAACCCUCCAGUGUUUGAGACUUUUUACCAGCGCUUCAGGCACUUCCAGUACCAUGAGGCAUCAGGCCCCCGGGAGGCCCUGAGCCAGCUCCGGGUGCUGUGCUGCGAGUGGCUGAGGCCCGAGCUGCACACCAAGGAGCAGAUCCUGGAGCUUCUGGUGCUGGAGCAGUUCCUGACCAUCCUACCGGAAGAGUUCCAGACCUGGGUGAGAGAACAUCACCCGGAAAGUGGAGAAGAGGCCGUGGCUGUGGUAGAAAAUAUACAGAGAGAGCUAGAGGAACGCAGACAACAGAUCGUGGUGUGUCCUGAAGUGCUUCCUCAGAAGAUGGUACCACCUGGAGUUGUUCAGGAGUCCCCCAGCCACCAGCUCCUGUCUGUGGACCCCCCAUCUGAACAGGAGCCACAGAAGCCUCAUCUUCUGGAGGAAAAUGCCCUACCUGCUCUCCAAGUUCCUCCCCUUCCCCUGAAGGACAGCCAGGAGCUGACAGCCUCACUUCUCUCAGCUGGGUCCCAGAAGUUGGUGAAAAUUGAAGAUGUGGCUGAUGUGGCUGUAUCCUUCAUCCUGGAGGAAUGGGGACAUUUGGACCAGUCUCAGAAGUCACUCUAUAGGGAUGACAGGAAGGAGAAUUAUGGGAGUAUUCCUUCCAUGGAUUAUGAGUCUAGGAAUGACAACGUGGAACUCAUGGUAAAGCAGAUUUCUGAUGAUGCUGAAGCCCACUGGAUGACGUCAGCAAGCACCGAAAGAAAUGUUCCCCAGAGUCAAGGGUUUGGAGAAGUCAGUGACCUUCACGGCAUGGUAGAAAGGUGGCAGGUAAACCCUGCUGUGGGGAAAUCAAGGCAGAACUCUUCCCAGAAAAGAGAUCUUGGUGCCAUCACAGAUGCUAACCGUAAGCAAAAUACAAGCACAAGUGGCGAGAGAGGUCACAAAUGUAACGAUUGUGGUAAAUUUUUCCUUCAAGCCUCAAACUUCAUUCAACAUCGGCGAAUCCACACUGGAGAAAAACCGUUUAAGUGUGGUGAAUGUGGCAAAAGCUACAAUCAGCGUGUGCACCUGACACAGCAUCAGCGUGUCCACACUGGCGAGAAACCGUACAAGUGUCAGGUGUGCGGAAAAGCCUUCCGCGUGAGCUCGCACCUUGUCCAGCAUCACAGUGUGCACAGUGGGGAGAGACCCUACGGAUGUACCGAGUGUGGGAAAAACUUUGGCCGGCACUCCCAUCUGAUUGAGCACCUGAAGCGCCACUUCAGAGAGAAAUCCCAAAGAUGCAGUGACAAAAGAAGUAAGAAUACAAAACUGAAUGUUAAGAAGAAAAUUUCAGAAUUUUCAGAAGCAGACGUGGAACUAUCAGGAAGAAUCCAAAGGAAUGCUUCUCAAGUGCAAGAUUUUGGAGAAAGCCAUGAACAUGCAGGCAAGUUGGAUAGAAAGCAGGGAGUUCCCAUGAAAGAGAUACUAGGACAGCCUUCUUCAAAGAGGAUAAAUUUCAGCGAAGUCACAUACGUGCACAAAAAAUCAUCCACAGGAGAGAGACCACAUAAAUGUAAUGAAUGUGGAAAAAGCUUCAUUCAGAGUGCACAUCUGAUUCAACAUCAGCGAAUACACACGGGGGAGAAGCCAUUUAGGUGCGACGAAUGUGGGAAAAGCUACAAUCAGCGUGUGCAUCUGACUCAGCAUCAGCGGGUCCACACUGGUGAGAAACCCUACACCUGUCAUUUAUGUGGGAAAGCAUUUAGAGUGAGGUCUCAUCUUGUUCAGCAUCAGAGUGUGCACAGCGGGGAGAGACCCUUUAAAUGUAAUGAGUGCGGCAAGGGCUUUGGGAGGCGGUCACACCUUGCUGGGCAUCUGAGACUCCACUCUAGAGAGAAAUCCCAUCAGUGCCAUGAAUGUGGAGAAAUCUUUUUUCAGUAUGUUAGCCUCAUUGAACAUCAGGUGCUCCACAUGGGUAAGAGAAAUGAAAAAAAUGGCAUUUGUGAGGAAGCAUAUAGUUGGAACUUGACAGUGAUUGAAGAUAAGAAGAUUGAGUUACAAGAGCAGCCUUAUAAGUGUGAUAUCUGUGGCAAAGCCUAUAGUUAUAGUUCAGACCUUAUUCAGCAUUACCGAACUCACACUGCAGAGAAAACCUAUAAAUGUGAUAUAUGUAGAGACAACGUUGGCCAGUGUUCCCACAUAAAACAUCAAAAACCCUACUCCAAUGUGAAAUCCCAUCAAUGUCAUGAAUGUGGCAGAGCCUUCACUCUGAAGUCCCAUCUUAAUCAGCAUCAGAGAAUCCAUACUGGUGAGAAACCCUUUCAGUGUAAAGAGUGCGGAAUGAGUUUCGGUUGGAGUUGCAGCCUCUUUAAACAUCUGAGAAGUCAUGAGAGGACAAAUCCCAUAAAUACUUUAAGUGUCUAGAUGUUUCUGGUGUAGAACAGCUCUUACUCAAGUUUAGGAAAGCCUUCCUAAGGGAAACCUUACUUCUAUAUUGAAUGUAAUAACAACAACUUCAAGCAUUUUCUCCAGCAUAACCGUCAAACCUACUGAUAUGUUGAAAUCCUUCAGUUAGAACUUAGGGAUGCUGGAGAAUCCACAAUAAAUAGAUAUGUUUGCUUUCCCCAUCAAGAAAUGCUUUUGUUAGCAGCUUCAUGCUUAAGGAUCUAGACAAGAGAGCACCCAUGGAUAAUGGUGGAUGAAGGAAAGCCUUGAGAUGACACUCAUUCUUCUGUUGAAUCUCAGAACGUUGACAGUGAGAAAAGCCUCAUGAAUGCAGUAGAAAUAAGCUUGAUUUGUAGUUUCUGCCUUGUUUGACAGCUUCUUCAGGGAAGAACACAGUGAAGGGAAGAGAGAACUCUAAAGCAUGAUAGCUAUUCUGGUACCUCAGCAACCAACCUUUUCUAGAAAUGAUUAUCCCAGCCACUAGAAUGCUCCAGCCAUUGUUCUCAUCUUGAGUAUUAAAGCCUUUGAAAAGAAAUCGACUUAAGGUAUUUAUAUUCUGGCAAAAUUGGGGUUCAGAGGCUGGAUGGUAUGUGUUCCUGCUGCAUUAUUUAGUCUCAGACUUCUCCAUGAAACCUCUACCUUGUUUUUGUUUUGAUUCUACUAGUGUCAGUUGGCUAGGAGUUAAGUGUGUAAAUUCAGGAGAGAAACUGUGUUGGUUGGUCACAUCUUGAGGAGAAGGGAGAGGGACCUUAGGGGAAUAGAGAAGAGAAGACAGGCCAAACUGUGGGCUGGUUUUUAUUAUGUUACCCACAAGAAAGAGGGCAGCUGUAUCCAGGGAAGGAAUUGGACCAAGCCGAAUUAAGAAUCUUGGGUGCAAGCAGUAUGUGUAGCAAUUCCCAGUUGCCCUGGAGAUAGACCUGCAGAAGAUAACAGUGUGCAGAAUAAGUGUCAGUUUGAGUUGCAGUUGGGUUGGAAAGUAAACAGUAAUUAGGAGAAGAAAGGUACAUGGUCUGGUUAGCCCUGCCUUGUGGGAAGGUCUAGGGGAAAGAAGAUGACAUGGGAUAAGUUAAUUUGAGCCUCUUUGCUAGAGACAGGAAGAGAGUGUGCCUCUGGGCACUGCUUCUGCUGACUGCUGGGCUUACAAGAAACACCCAAUAGAUCCUGUUGACUGUGUAUGUUGUACGCUGGUGCCCUGCCCAGAUGCCCUUACCAAAUUGGCCUGCCUGUCCCCCAGUUACUCUGAGUUUUAGCUGCUGGGUGCUCACCACUCUCCUCCUUCUCCAGACACUCUGGAGAAUUGUCCUCAGAUGAUGGGAGCUGCCUCGCUGGAGUUAUCUGCCCUCCACACCCCCUAGUCAGUGGCAUUAAUAUGGGGUCCAAAAGGCUGAUUCACUAGGUCUCAGUGGGGGAUGGGAGAACCCGUGGUUCAGUUUAUGCUCCAGAACCCUCCCUUUGUGGGUCAGGCCAGACUUUAUCUGAGACUACAUCCAUGUGUGAGUAUCACAGGGCCUCAUUAGUAGCAUUUAAGGAGUCCCCUGCAAACAAUCACAAUUGAAGGUCCAAGUGUAAGAAUUAAUUGAGAACGAAAACUGCAGUGAAGACUAUCGUUAAUGUUUAUUGAGGAUUUACCAUGUUCUAAACAUCAUGUGCCUUACGUGGAUCAUCUUGAAUCCUCAUAUUAAUGAGGUGGUUUUACUUAGCACCCUCAUUUUACAGUUGGGAAAAACUGAAGUUUCGAAUAGUUCAUUCAGUUGCCCAAAGUCACGCAGCCAGUAUGUGGCAGAACUAGCAUUUGAACCCAGCCAGACCACUUUGCCUCCAAAAGCUAAGCUCGUAAGCACUAACCUGUAUUAUGUCUUACAUUAUUAAACAUCAAACAUUACAAAGUGGUGAAACUGUUUUUGUUACCUGUGUGAAAAACUUUUGAUCCAAGAUAAUGAUAAAAUCAUAAAGUUAAAGAACCUUGAAAAAUUGUGCUGGGUCCCAUGCGAUCAUCAAACCCAACCUCCCACCUGAUGGAGGAAGCCCCAGUUUUCUGGCACGUGUAUGUAAUAGAUGCUUAAUAACUGUUAAACUGGAGGAGACAUUGGCCUGGCAAUUGGUUAUCCAGUUUCUGCAUGAAACCCUUUCAGUAUUAGGGAGUUCAUUGCCUCCUAAGGCAGGCUCUUACAUUUUAAAACUACUCUGCUCACCAAAAAUGUCUUUCUCAGCUGAAACUAUAUUGAUCUGUCUUAUAGCUUUCUCUCAUUGCUCCUAGUUGCAAAAAAAAAAAAAAAAAAACAACACCCAAAAAACACCAAAAAACAAAACAAAAAAUUUAAGACCUUAUGAUUUGAAUGUUUGAAAAAUUUUUUGCUGUUACUCAGUCACCACAUCCAUCAUAGCCUUCUCUUCCAAACCUCCAAACUCCUAAACAAAGUAUUAGAGUUAUACAUUUUAUUUCCUUAAGUUUGGACAAUUUAGAGCAAGAUUUGUUUACUCGAGGUGCUACUUCCUUGUCCUUUUUAACAUUAAAAUAUUGGAAAGGACUAAGGCAAAAAAGGAACAGAACAGAAUCUGUGUUCCAAUUACAUCAGUAAAUGGGUGCUUGGAGCAUGUUGGUUGAAUUGUAUAGAAGUGUUUGCUACGGUGCUGGGGCCAGAGACGAAGCCUAUGAUUGAUUCUAUAAAAAAUUUGUGUUGUUUUUACAAAAGUACCAGAACCAUCUGAAUGAGUGUAACUAGGCCCCGAUCAUUAGCUUGAGGUACUUUCCCUGCAGAAGGAGCUUGUGACCUGCACCUCACACCCAAGAGGCUAGAUGCCCCAUCAGUUUCCUAUUUCUUUCUCAUUGGCGAGGAAAUGCUUCUAAACCUUAGUCUUUUCCCCACCCUGAGGAGGAAGCUAAAUUCCCUUAGAUGUGUAGAGGAGGGCUCAGGGAGUCACCAAGACCACUGAGACCUCCACGAAUCAGGGGGAGUGGGAGGGUGGGACUGUGAGGCACUUCCAGUGGGCUUCCGGGAUGUGUAGGGGUCGUGAAGGCCUGGUGUUCUGCUCACGCUCUUGGAGCUCUGGUCUCCAGGUAGCAAAGAGGUCACGAGAUCGCCCCAGCAGGAUAUGGAGAGAAGCGCCUCUUCCCCUGCCCCCACCCAGCCCAGCUUUGUGCUUUGACAAACCUAAACGAUGGGAUCUUCCAGGAAAGGCAUUGGAAACAAAACAUAAGACCUUAGCAUUUUUGUGCCCUUGUACAGAAUCCUAGAAAGACUUCACCAGUAAGUGCAGUUCUGGUGGCUUGGACCUAAGGAGAAAGAUCAUAACCUAGAGAAGGUCCAGAAGAAGGAAACUACACAAACUAAGGGGGACCACAGAUCUGAAUCUGUCAGCUCACAUGUAGUAGAACUAAAGAGAUACUAGGGGUGCCUGGGUGGCUCAGUCGGCUGAGCGUCCGACUUCAGCUCAGGUCAUGAUCUCACAGUUCAUGAGUUCGAGUCCUGCGUCGGGCUCUGUGCUGGCAGCUCGGAGCCUGGAGCCUGCUUCGGAUUCUGUGUCUCCCUCUCUCUGCUCUGCUCUCCCUUGCUCACACUGUCUCUCUUUCAAAAAUAAAUAAA